AGAAACGCGUUGUGUGAAAAAAAAAAAAGACAAACGAAAAAUAGCUAAAAGGCUGCAAAAAGCAAAGCGUGAAAACAGUUCUCUGUUCGUAAUAUCCAACAAGUCCCACGGGCCAUUAUUGUUUGUGUUGUUAACCUAUUUUCGUCUCUCGUAUCGGGCGGUUAAUAUUCGGCAGUAAAAUGAGCAGCAGCUCAAUGAUGCUGUUUGCUUGCUCCAAAUGCUUCUCUCGGCAUCCGUUUGAAGAAUUAUCUCCGGGUCAGCAGCUUUGCAAGGACUGUCGCGGCUCGUUUCCCGUCGUAAAGUGUACCUAUUGCCGCUCGGAGUUCCAGCAAACGUCCAAAGGUAGCCCGAUCUGCCGAAAGUGCGAAGCGAACGUGAAACAGUAUGGCAAACCGUCCGCCUGCGAGCUAUGCAACAUCAUCGCAGCCUUCAUCGGGUCCAAAUGCCAAAGGUGUACAAACUCCGAGUUAAAGUAUGGACCAGCAGUAACGUGCGAUCAGUGUAAACAGCGGUGUGCCUUUAAUAGGCCUGAUUAUAAGGUUGAUGGCAAACUGCUGUGCUGGCUAUGUACGCUGUCCUAUAAACGGGCUCUCACCAAAGCCCGUCAGGUAGAGAAUGAUCGUCGCCGUGCAAAGAAGCGCGCGGCUGAAGGAUCCUUUCCUCCACCACUUGGUAGUGGUGUGAACAGUCAAACCACCGGAAGCGGCGGUGAUCGCCGUGAUCGAAUGCAUGAUCGGGAAAAAGGAUUAGGGGGUGGUUCCACGGGUGGUGGCGGCAGCGGAAUGGGUAUGUCCAGUUUGCCUCCACUGGGCGAGUUGAAUAUGAGUCUUGCACCAAUGGGAGGCCCGGCUGGGCUACCUACUGGCCCUGGAAGUGGGGCUGGUGUCGGUGGUGGAGUCGAUCGUACAGACGGUGGACCCAGUGGGACAGGAGGAGGCGGCGGAGGCGGCAGGGCAGAUAAUGGACGGCACGCAUCUAACAAAAAGGCACGUACCGAUACGGGUAAAAUGAUACCGGAAAUGAUGCCGGAGAAACUGAUAAAAAGCGCCAACAGCGGUGGUUACGUCGAUCCGCACAGUUCCGAUCACGUGAUCGCGAUGACUCAGUUGAAAGAAACGAUCGCCACACUGCAGCGUAAACUUAAGCAAAAAGACGGCGUGAUACUGGAGAAGGAGAAAGAAAUAAGCGCAUGGAAGGGAAAACACUUUCAUCUUGAGCAGGAAUUAAUGAAAAAGUACAAGGAUAUGGAGAAAAACUUCGAGUUUAAGCUGGAUGUGCUCAAUAAGAAAAUUAAGUCCCAACUGCUAGAAAUAGCGGUUCUUUCGAAAGCGGUCAAGGAACGCGACGAAACUAAAAAGAAGAAACCCGUUGGUGGCUUUCUGGCCACUACCAAACUCAGCAAACUUCGGGCGGCAGAAGCGAAAGACGUGGAGCGAGAAAAAGUAUCCUCUAUUGGACGAACCGGGCGCAAUCGUGUGCUGGACGAUGAAGAUGAGGAUGAAGACGACAGCAAAGAUGGCAAGGAAAACGAUAGCGAAAAGGGAUCGGACAAAGGCGGUUCGGGGCGUAAUACACCGCGCGAUAGUGGAAAAGAUAGUCCCCGAGACGUUGAUUCGGGCAAGGAAAGCCCACGCGACUCGGAUAAGGAUGAUGAAGAAGACAAAAAGCGGAAACGAUCGGAGGAACAGAACACGGAACCAACGAUGCUGGUGGGUAGCAACAGUGGUGGCAGCAGUGGUAACGCAAUGCAGCAACAACCAAAGGCUAGCAGUAACGGAUCUUCAACAAAGGAUGAAGAUGACGAUUCGGACCGGGACGAAGACACACCGGAAAAGGACCGUCGUAGCUCAGAGCGUGGUUCGGAGGAUGGUGGUUCUGAGCAAGGUUCCGAGGCGGGCUCCGAUCGUGGCUCGGACCGUGGCUCGGACCGUGGAUCCGACCGUAGCGACAACGAAUCGGACAAGGAAAGCGAUCGGGACGAUAACUCUGACAAGGGUGGAAGUGACAAGGAGAGUGACCGAGAUGGAUCGAACAGUGGUUCGGACAGUGACCGAGAUUCCGAUUAGGGGCUCCUAUCUGGCGAGAUCUGGCGUGGCACCCGUUUCAUUUAAACUAUUUAACACUAGAACAAAUCGUACCAUUACUGUACAUAUGGAUGCCUCUGAUGAGCACAUUUUUCUACUUCCCCGCUCUUACGCCCCGAUCCAUAACCUUUCGCCUGACUCAUGGAAUUAAAAUUAAACGAACAAAUCAGGACCGCGACUGAUGUUUGCCGGGAUCGUAAUCGAUUUUAUCAUAAGAUUAUAUACCUCUACCGCGCAAACAGGCCACUCACAACGAGUAUGUCACGAAUGUAUACUUCCAGAACACGGUGCAACAAGCUGAUUUCCCCGUGCCAAUGGGGAUUUGUUGCUUCAAUGAUCGCUUUGCGUGUCUGGGGAAUGUGCCGCGAAAGUA